AUGUUAAGUGUGGACUUGAGUCGUGCAUUUGACCAGCUUCCCUGCAGUGCUUUGUCGCAGUCGCUGCAUCAUGCGGGUAUCGCAGGUGCGCUGCAUGACACCAUCAUUGAACUCCACGAAAGUUGCACAUACACGAUUACCCAUGGACCUCACACCGGGAGCUUCCAGUUACAAGCCGGGGUUCGUCAGGGUUGUGCCCUAAGUCCCCUCCUCUAUGGAAUUUUUACGGGGUGGUUUUGCGACCUUCUGGCGGAGCGCGUGCCUGCUGACUGGCUUGAUAAAGGCCUGACCAUAUACGCUGAUGACAAUCUUCUUGCCUGGGACAAAUUUAGGGUUCAGGAUUUUGGGGAAAUGUGCCGAAUCAUUCGUUGCACCUUCGCGCUUCUUAAGGAGCUGGGUAUGAGUGUUAAUGAAUUGAAGUCGAGACUUGUCAUCAAGCUGGUUGGGAGUGAAGCCAAAACGUGGAUGCGGAAGCAUGUCCUGACCACCAAAGAUGGCCGCUUUCUUCAGGUAGGAACUCCGACUGCCCCAAUUCUUAUUCCUGUAGCCCCCAUGCUUACUUAUCUUGGAGUUGUUGUGUCCUUUGACAACUAUGAGCAGCAAACCUGCCAGUUCAGAUUGCAAGCGGCCAGACAGGUGCGUCAGAGACUGGUUCGUUUCUUGCAUUCCUCCAGUCUACCGAUCAGGCUACGCGUGCAGCUUUAUAUAGCUUGCGUCAGGUGCUCGAUGCUGUACGGGAUCCAUGCUGUAGGGGUUACUGCUGCCACUAUCCGUAAGCUUGAGGCGGCCGACGCACGCUAUGUGCGAGCGAUAGCCAAAAGCCCGGUUCACUUAACUCGGGAGGCCAACUCAAACCUGCGACAUCGGCUUAAGGUUAACUCCAUUCCUGAAGCCAUAAGCAAGCUGCUGAAAGGUAGAUCCCCGCGAUCGUCCUACUCUGUAGCGGUACAGAACUUUCAGCACAACCUCCUGGUGCUGCAACAGUUGGAGUCCGAUAUCGGACUCUCAUCUCAGCAUGGGCUGAUGCCUGUCGAUCCCGAACAGCAAAUUCCGUGUCACAUCUGUGGGAGGACCUUGAUCAUGGCGGAUCUGCUGGCAACGACAGCAGCGCAGGAGAUGGAGGAUGUCAUGGGAGGGAUCCCCAUGAUAGCACCGCAGUACCUGAUGAUGGCACAGGCGGCCAACAAGGACGUACGCCGGGACUCCAUGGAAAACUGGGAGGAAGCUCAGAAGAGACACCCGAAGUGGCAGAAGCAGCAGCAGCAGAAAGGGGAUCGCGGAAAAGGACAGUCCUGGAGCAGCUGGGGGGCCAAAGACCAGGAUCGCGACGAUUGGUUUCAGGACAGCCAGAGCUCAGGCAUCGACCAAGCGACCCAACACCUGUUGUUGCGCAUAGUGCGCAUGGCCCUACGUCACGAAGAGGACUUGGCGAAGAUCCGAAUCGGCGCCACUCUGCUAUGUUACAUGGACACGGGCUCCACGGACAUCCUCCCUCAGGUUCGCCAGACAGCCCUGUCGUGGCAGAAAAAGAGGGAGGAGAAUGCGGUGACAUCGCCACUGCGAGUGAUACUUCUUAUGAGUAUCAUCAAAGCAGCCAGCGACCGGAUCUCGGCGCUCCUUCAGGACGAACCCCGCCUUGCCAAAGCGAAGGAGCACGGUUGGCUGAGCGACGGCCACCAGGCUCUGGACCCGCAAUGGCAUUUCUUCAGAUGGAACCCCAACUCGAAGCAAUCCGAGCAGAGUCCAUCGCCACCGAUUGCCAACAGUCAAGUCCUGAAGCACCUGGCCAAUGUCCACGACCGACCGCUACGCCAGUGCAGUGCAGUCUUGCCGUUUUUCUGCGUGCUAAGCCUCCGCAGCGAAGCAGCGGGACGCUGCCAUGCGGCCUUGCUGGCACUGGAGGGCUGCGCAGCUCUCAAGACGAUCGGCAUGAGGGUACGUCCGGAACGGGGAACGCAGUCAGGCAUGGGGCAAUGCGCCGGCGCCGAAGGACUCAGCGCCGAUGGCGGAGGAGACAGGGUGAUCACUCCUGCGCUGGAUGCAGAAUAUGCAGAUGCAGAUGCUUUCAAGGGUGAAUGGCAAGCUCGAUUAGCGUGCGUGCUGCGCAGUUGGCAGAACUUGUUGAAGAUUGGCAUUCUCAAUACGCCAAGCAUCCAUUGUGAAACAAUCUUGAUGCCGGCCUUCUUGGGACCGCAGGGGCUGCACUUUGUUAUCCGCUUUCAGCCUCACCCUCCGCUGUUCCAGAUGCGAAUGAAUGAAAUCGUUGAGGAAGCCCAGCUGCUUUUGAACGAGCCGGCGAAAAGGGAUUAUAUGGACUAUGCUGAGAAGCUCAGUCGAGCUCUUCCGUCAGCUCCGCUGUCCACAUUUCCAAGACCGGUGGCGUGCAAUGAGCGCGCCUCGCCGGCUGAGAGUCUGUCCCAUGCGUUCCUCUGCGCUCGCACCGGCUCUAUGUGGUCGGCAGUUCGCCAAGUCGCUGCACUGCUGCCAUAUGCAUUGUCGAAGCGAGCUUUUGCAACAACGCAGCGCAGCUGCACCAUUGGGGCGUAUGGUCAUAGGUCGUUUACGGGAUUGUACCGUGGUACAUCCCAACACCAAUCGGUCUGCCAACUCUUCAAUGCCUUCCUGAUGCUCAUCAACCCUCGACAUGUCUGGACGACGGUAGCAGUGCACCUUGACUUCUCUGCACAGGUGCACACCGACAGACAAAAUGGAAGCCUUCCAAGUAUGAUCGUUGCACUCUCCCACCAUGAAGGUGGUGGCUUGUGGUUGCAUCAACCUGAUGGCAAAAUCUUUCAGGACACCGGCUUGAACCGGGACAUGUGUACAGUUUAA